AGCGAGACAAAGAGCAGGGAGGACAUGAGCGAAGGCGAAGGGAGAGGAGAGGGGACCAGCUGAGCGAAAUCACGCAGGAAAAGCUCUUCCCCUCCCGCGCAUCCCUAAGCAGCGCAGGGCCAGGUUCCCCCCAACCCCCUUUUGGGCAAGAAGACAAAAGAAACCGGUGGCCUCAUGGGGAAAGGCGGGGAGAAAGGAGGGGAGUCGGGGGAGCCGGAACCGCAGAUCCGCUUCUACACCUGGGAGGAGAUCCAGAAGCACAACCUGAGGACGGACAAGUGGCUGGUGAUAGAACGAAAGGUUUAUAAUGUCACCAACUGGGUACGCAGACACCCGGGGGGUCAACGAGUGAUCAGCCACUGCGCCGGAGAAGAUGCCACGGAUGCAUUCCAGGCCUUCCAUAUCAAUCCCACCUUGGUGAAAAAGUUUCUCAAGCCGUUACUUAUUGGAGAGCUUGCUCCAGGGGAACCUAGCCAGGACCGAGGUAAAAAUUCCCAGCUGGUGGAGGAUUUUCGGGCCCUGAGGAAGACAGCAGAGGACAUGAACUUGUUCAGAGCAAAUCCUUUGUUCUUCUCUCUUUGGUUGAGCCAUGUUAUCGCAAUGGAAGUUUUGGCUUGGUUAAUGGUUUCAUACUUUGGUACUGGCUGGAUCUCAACUCUCAUCCUCGCCUGCAUCCUUGCAACUUCCCAGAUCCAGGCAGGGUGGCUACAACAUGAUUUUGGACACCUCUCUGUCUUUAAGAAGUCUUCCUGGAACCACAUCGUCCACAAGUUUGUCAUUGGACACAUGAAGGGUGCCUCUGCAAACUGGUGGAACCAUCGUCACUUCCAACACCAUGCCAAACCCAAUAUCUUCCAGAAGGACCCAGAUGUGAACAUGCUGCAUAUUUUUGUCCUUGGAAAUACGCAGCCUGUUGAGUAUGGCAAGAAGAAGCUGAAGUACCUGCCUUACAACCACCAGCACGAGUACUUCUUCCUCAUCUUCCCACCUCUGCUCAUCCCUGUGUAUUUCCAAAUCCAAAUCAUCUCGACCAUGAUCAAGCGCAGGUUCUGGGCGGACCUAGCCUGGGCCAUCAGCUACUACAUGCGCUACUUCAUCACAUACGUCCCAUUCUACGGCUUUCUGGGGUCACUGUCUCUCCUCACUUUCGUCAGGUUUCUGGAAAGUCACUGGUUUGUGUGGGUCACCCAGAUGAAUCACAUUCCCAUGGACAUCAAUUGUGAGAAGCACAGAGACUGGCUUAGCUCUCAGGUGGCAGCCACUUGCAAUGUCGAGCAGUCCUUUUUCAAUGACUGGUUCACCGGGCACCUGAAUUUUCAAAUCGAGCACCACCUGUUUCCAACAAUGCCACGGCACAAUUUCUGGAAGGUGAAACCUUUGGUGAAGUCAUUAUGUGCCAAGUACGGAGUCCAAUACGAAGAGAAGCCUCUUGGAAAAGCAUUCGUAGACAUCAUUGGGGCCCUCAAGGAAUCUGGAGAUCUAUGGCUGGAUGCUUACCUCCAUAAAUGAACAUGCAUCUUAAUGGGGAGGUGUGAGUGACCGGGAGGGAUGGGGGGGUGUGCGGGGGGGGAAAAUCACACAUGUGUCUUUUACUCUCAGAUUUCAGUCUGUAUCUACCUGCAUGGUUGGAGGGGAGUUUUCUGUCUUGUCAACUGCUCCUGGUGCGGGCUCAGGCAACCUGUUUAACCCAGACAGAUUUAAAAUGUUCUUCAGAGGAUGAAAAGCGAUGCCAGUAUUGCACAAAACAGAAGGUUGGGAGAG